AUCUUAUAAUUCAAAUUUUAAACUAAUCAAAAUAUACGGCAAAAUUUCUUCAUUCAAAUAUGGAUUUUAAAGUUCUUAGCAGUCACGGAGCAUCUUUAAAAAUAAGAAAUAGUCUAGUUGGAGCAACGAGUUUAAAUCAGGAAGUAGGAUUAUUUAACUUUGGAAAUGUAAUUGUUCAAAAAGACUACACAGAUAACGAUUGUGUACGCAUUAUUUCAGGAGGUCCUUAUUAUAUUGGCGACUUUGUUGGGAAAGGAAUGUUAACUGCUGCAAUUCAAGGUGACAAUUUCACAGCUCCAGCAUCUAGCAUUAUAUUACGCACUCUACGAGAACUCUCCAAUAACCAUAUUAUGGGAAGUCUAGUGAUAGUACCAGCUUCUUCGGGAUGUACUUUAAACUUCGGUUUGGCAAUUGAAAGAGCACUAAAUGACGACAUAGUAGUCAAAAUGUUGACGGUUUCCGAUGAUUUUUUUAAUAACCAGCAAUCGAAGAUGUCGCAAAGAACAUUAUCUGCGGUAGUUUUGAUAUAUAAAAUAGCAGGAGCGAUGGCGGCAGCUAAAAAGUCCUUGUGCGAAAUAUAUGACUAUUGUAAUAAGAUAUGUCAAUAUGUGCAAAGUAUGGAAAUAGAGUUACCUCAUCCUAAUAUCACGCCCAAUGCAACGUGUAUUUGUAUUGAUGACCCAUUUGGUAGUGAUCAACCAACUACGGUAAGAUCAGACCAUUCACAUGAAACAAUUAAGGUACCCUUGGCAAAUUUAAUAAGCAUAAUUGUGAACGAGAGUAACUACAGAAUCGACUAUAGGAAGGGUAUCGAUGAUACAAAAUUGGAACUUCAACGUGGGGAUAAAUUGGUUAUUUUAUUGAACAAUAACGCAGUUAUCUCUAAAACUGAAGAAAAUAUUUGCGUUAAAGAUAUUUUAGAUUAUUUAAUAGCAUUGAAUAUAAACGUUGUGAGAUUUUACGUGGGAAAUUUUAUAAAAUGCCAUGAGAAUGCAUUGUUAACUAUCACCCUAAUGAAAAUUGAAGAUAAAAAUGUUUUGACGUAUUUGGAUGCUCAUUACGGAAGUAUACCAGGUUGGCCGAAUGUGAAUCAAAAUUCAAGAUCCUCCUUAACGACUGAAACUAACAUAACGGGCAAUUUGAGGAGGAAAAAUCGCUUGGAACCGCCCAUUCGAGGACCGCAGCUGAGCGAGCGAGCUACCAAUACUUUAUAUUUCGCAAUACAGUUCGCUUGCGAUGCGUUGAUUGCAUGCGAGAAACAACUAAACGUUAUUGAUUCAGAAAGAGAUGAUGGUGAUACCGGAACAAGAAUGAAAACAGUCGCAGAACUUUUAGUAAAGCGAAUGAAACAAGAUAAGUUACUGUUGAAAUAUCCCUUCACAUUUUUUGAGACUAUGAGUAACUUUUUGGAAAAAAGUCUUGGCGGCACGAGCGGUUGUGUAUAUAGCAUUUUAUUCGAGGCGGCUGCCAAUAAAUUUGGAGAAUACAAUAGUUUGGAUGUAACGCCGGAGAUGUGGUUGGAAUCAUUCGAAGCAGCCGGAGCCGCACUAAAAAAGUAUGGAAACAUAAAAUAUGGCGACGGUACGCUUUACGACCCGAUAUGCAAAUUUUGUGAAACCGCCAAGCAAGAACUAGAAAAUUGCAGCCACCCCCUCGUAGCUUUUGGUAAUGCAGUGCAAUGUUGUGAAGAAACGGUUAAUAUGACGAAACGAGAUAAAAAUUAUCCGGAUCCAGGUGCACACGCCGUUGGUAUUUGGAUUAGAGCCGUAUUUGAGGGAGUUAAAUUGAAGUGGCCUUUAGAUGCAGUGUGUCUAUAAUUCAGUCAAAAAUUCAUACAUUUUUGGUUUUUAAAUAUAGGACAUACUUUUUUACCGAGAAAAA